AACUCGUUCAGAAGGCGACUUUAAAACCAGUUGGUGUGGAUUCAAGGCGCGCAUGGUCCUUUAUUUAGUUUCUCGAGGAAAUUAAGAAGGGUCCAAAAUGAAAGGGUUAAUUGUACUGUUGAUUCUCGGGCUUUCUGCCGCGGCUUUUGCUGAAUACCGAAAGAAGGAGCCCAAGAUCCGCUGGAGGACGCGAUUUGUACCAUAUCCAGUCCAUGUUCCAGUUGACCGACCAGUUGUGAAGUAUGUACCGGUUGAGGUUGUGCGUCACGUUCCCGUGCGUGUCGUCCAGAAAGUUCCUCACCCAGUGCCCGUAGUACAGAAAGUUCCCGUCGUUCAGACAGUUCAGCGCAAGGUUCCAGUCUAUGUGGACAGACCGUACCCAGUGCCUGUCAUGAAGAAAGUGCCGGUGCCAGUUCAUGUACCAGUUGCCGUCCACGUACCUAAGCCAUACCCCGUACAUGUUCCCAGGCCCGUACCGGUCCACGUUCCCGUGAAAGUACCAGUUGUCGUACCGAAACCCGUUCACAUCAUCCAGAAACAGAAGGUACCAGUUAUGGUUCCUGUUGACCGACCUGUGUACGUGGAGCGAAAGGUGAAGGUCCCAGUCGCUGUCCCCAAACCUUACCCUGUGGAUAGACCAUAUCCCGUCCACGUGCGAGUGCCGGUGAAGACUCCAGUAGCUGUACCCGUCCAUGUACCUGUGGACCGUCCCUACCCAGUGGUUGUGACGAGGAAGGUGGCCGUCCCACACGCCGUACACGUGCCAGUUCCCGUAGACAGGAAAAUUCCCGUACCCUACCCCGUGGUGCAGACAAGGAAGGUGCCCGUCCCAGUACAUGUACCAGUUGCGGUACCGAAACCCGUACACAUUGUCCGCAAGGUGCCAGUUGCCGUACCGCAGCCGUACCCCGUCAAGCAGCCCUUUGCUGUUCCCGUUCACGUGGAGAGGAAAGUUCCAGUUCCCGUCGCUGUUCCCGUAAAGCAGCCCUACCCAGUCCGCGUAAACGUUCCGGUUGAGGUGAAGAGGCCGUACCCGGUGCCCGUGGUGAAGACCCAGGUGGUUGAAAGGAAGGUGCCGUACCCGGUCCAAGUGCCAGUACCAGUGCCCGUACAGUCCAAGAAGAAACAAAAAGGUGAGUUGAGGGGUAGCUUGCUUCCACACUGUUGCUUCUUAUAAAACACUAAAGAAAG